GGGUGUGCAAAAAAUUGACAUUUGAAAAGCAGCUGCAAGCAAGGCGGGGAUUUCGCGCCGCAUGCAAAAACACGCCGUUCUUCAUUUAUUCUUCAAUUAAUUGCAGUAGUGCUCAGUGCAUUUUGAUAUUCAUAGUUUGUGAAGUUUAAUAAAGAAAUAGUUACUGAAAAUGUCGCUUGCAUUUCAAAAUGCAGAUUCUGUUAAACAAGCGCUCUUUGAAGAGUUACAAAACUUACUUAGCUCUGAUACGAGCGUACUGCAGUCAGCUGAACAAAAAAUAAAGCACCUCGAAUACACCGAAGGUUAUGGCGUUUACUUAUCCGAGCUAAUUAUGAAUCAAUCUUUCGAUUUGCCAUUGCGACAGAUUGCUUGUAUUAUGCUGACCAGGUACGUCGAGAAUCAUUGGUGUGAUGGUGAUGAUGUUGCAACAGAUCAAGCAAAGCGUACCAUACGAAAUAUUUUACCUAAUGGAUUGUACGAUCCCAACUCAAAGAUACGUUCUUCCGUGGCGCAUACAAUUUCCACAAUUGCAACGACUGAUUGGCCAACCGUUUGGACGGAAUUAUUUGAUAUUAUCAUUAAGUGUUUGGGUGGCAAUGAGGAUUCGAUACAUGGUGCUAUGCAGAUCUUACAAGAUUUUUCAUACGAUGACAAGCAAGUAAAGGAAUUGGGGCCGGUUGUCAUCUCUGAAGUUUAUCGUAUCUUUGAAUCUGAGCAAAACUAUAGCAUUAAAACACGUACAUCGGCUAUAAAGAUAUUGAAGUCACUUUUCCUAUCUAUUAGCAUAAAUAUUGCUGAUAAAACUGAACAAGCAACAAUGAUGAAUUCCAUUUUAAAUAAUUUUAUGGAGAAACUCCUGCACUACCUAGCAAUGAACUGCGGCGCAACGUCAAACUUUAUGCUUAGAACGGAAAUUGUGAAAUUGCUAACGUUCCUGGUAACUGAGAUGCCAAAAUAUAUACAACCUUACAUGGAGCGUAUUCUACCAAUCAUCUGGCAGCUACUUACACAGAUCGCAGAUGUUUUUGUAAAAGUAACCGUCAACCAAAUCGAACCAAAUCCAUUCCCUGUAACCGAAUCUGUAGAAGAUGAUGAACUCACAAACUUCUCAACCAUGAUUAUACAAAUCUUUGAAUUUAUACAGUGUAUUAUUUGUGCACAAAAAUUCCGUUCCGUUAUCAAAAGUGUGCUGGCCGACUUAAUUUAUAUUGUGAUUGUUUACAUACAAGUGCCUGAGGAACAAAUCGAAGAUUGGAAUGAUGAUCCUGAAAAAUUUGUCGAUGACGAGGAGGAAGGUGGUGUUGAGUUAACAAUUCGCUUGUGUGGCCAAGACGUUUUGAGUGCUCUCUGUGAUGAACUCGGCGCUAAAGUAUUGCCAUCAUUGCAAGAAGCGCUCGGUCGCCAUAUGAAUGUUGCGGAGGCUGAAAAAAGUGCACGAAAUCCCAAUUGGUGGAAAAUACAGGAAGCUUGUAUGGUUGCUGUGCACGCAUAUCGUGAACUUAUACUGGAGACUGAAGAUCAAUUCGAUUUACUGAACUAUCUUACACUCGUACGGAACUUACUGAAUUAUCAAGAUUCGGCGCAUCUAGUUGGACGCGCUUUGUGGACAUUGAGCACUUAUUCAAAGUCAAAACUUUACAAUCCGCAGAUGUUGGAAGAAAUUUUAGUGGCAACAAUGCAAAGUUUGUCUCCUGAAAAAUCCAUUGUUUUGAAAAUUAGUGCAGUGAGAGCUAUACACGGUUUUGUGCAAGCGCAUGAAAAAUCGGAAGGCGAUAAACGUGCUUUGAUUCAAGCAAAACUACCAGGCUUCGUCGAUGGCAUACUAGAAAUUAUACCCGGUUGUAAGUCAUCAGUACUCACACUUGUUUUGGAGUGCUUGACUACAAUCAUAACAUUUGAUCCCUCAUUUGCUGCUCAGGCGCAAUCUAAGCUGAUACCAUUAACAAUUGCUGUGUUCCUAAAGUAUCCGGAAGAUCCCUACAUACUGGAGAUUGUACAAGAUCUCAUUAAAGCGCUCUUGCAAAAUCCUCUCUGUUUGGAGCCGUUGCAAGAAAAGUUCAUCCCUACUAUUGUUAGCAUACUCUCAUUGCAAGGUGAACAAGCGAACACCGCAAAGCAAGACAUUGCCCUGGAUGUAUUGACCACAAUUGUGCGUUAUUCGAAACCACCGCUAUCAGCAGCACUGGUGGAAAGCGCAUUCCCCGCUAUGGUACACUGUGUACUCAGUUCCGAUGAUAAUGCUGUAAUGGUAUCGGGUGGUGAAUGCUUAAGAGCUUUUAUAUUUGUUUCACCCGAACAGAUAUGCUCUUAUAAAAAUGGAGAAGGUCUCAAUUUCAUUAUGCAAUUGACCACAAUGUUACUAAACCCAAUGAAUAACGAAAUGACUGCCGGUCAGGUGGAUCGUUUGGUUAUAACCAUCAUAACCAAAAUGGGUAAUAUGCUUGGUGAGAAUGUGGAUCUCCUAUUGAAGGCUGUAAUCAGUAAAAUGCAACUUGCGGAAUGUCUUAAAGUGAUCAUGAGUUUGGUGGUAAUAUUUGCACACCUUUUCUUAACACAAAUGGAUGCAGUACUGAAUUUCCUAUCAACUGUACCCGGUCCCACAGGCGAGCCAGCUAUGCAAUUCGUAUUCAGUAAUUGGUUGGCAAAACAAACUUCCUUCUUUGGCACUUUUGAGCGAAAGGUGACUACAAUGGCGCUCUGUAAGCUUUUUGAGUACGGCGUAACCACCCAAGAUACGCGCCUUACAUCAAUCACUGUUAAGGAGCAAGUCAUAACUGAUUCCACCAGUCCGCGCGUGAAAACACGUUCACAAGCGGCAGCUGCCCAACAAUGGGUUACAAUUCCUGCUUUGGUCAAAAUAUUUAAACUACUUGUAAAUGAGCUGGCUCAUUUAAAAGAAGCGAAUCUCGCUGAAUGUGAAGAGGACUCCGACGAUGAUGAUGAUCCUUCUAGUAGCGCAGCCGGUGAUAAACCCUCUGGAAACUCACCACCGAAACCACGUUUUGUCUCUGAUUUGUAUUUCAAUGAGGAUGAUGAUGAGAACACCGACGAUGAUCAACUCACACAAGAACUCAUGAAGGACCCACUGUUCCAAACGAAUAUGGAGGAGAACCUCACGAAAUUCCUACAACACUUCUCCAGUAAUGAACAUUUCGGCAUGUUUGUUAGCCACUUAAACGCAGCUGAGAAGCAAGUGCUCAAGUCUAUCCAAGUCGAUGUGGCAUAAAAGCCUCCAGUGUAUCUAAUUUUUCCUUAAUCACGCAGUAAAAGAAAAACUCAUACUCUUUGCAAAUUUUUUUACAAGCGAUAACUACGAAAAUUAAUUUGAUAAAAUUCAUACUCUUUGUAUUAGAGGGCGUUGAAAUAUUUUUGCUAUGAAUUGUUUAUAUAGAUACUUGCAACGUUAAAUGUUUACAUUAUUUAAAUUGUUUUCUUUUUUUUUAUACCGCAGUAUGCGAUGACGCCUAACUAUUUCAUUGGCCUGGAAAUAAAAGGCAAAGUUAACAAGA